CUUCUCCUGACGCCUUCUCCUCUGCACUCCUCCAGGGACCCUCCACCCCACAGCCAUGUCCUGCUACGACCUCUGCCGCCCCUGCGGACCCACCCCGCUGGCUAACAGCUGCAACGAGCCCUGUGUCAGGCAGUGCCAGGACUCCCAGGUCGUCAUCCAGCCUCCCGCCGUGGUGGUCACCCUGCCGGGACCCAUCCUCAGCUCCUUCCCCCAGAACACCGCCGUCGGAUCCUCCUCAUCAGCUGCCGUGGGCAGCGAACUCAGCGCCCAGGGAGUGGCCAUCUCCUCCGGCGGCUUCGGCUUCGGAGGCCUGGGCUGCUUCAACGGCUGGAGAGCCCGCUACCCCUGCUAAGGGCCUGCGCCCACACCCUCACAGCAACCACCACCACCCUGCAAGGCGCCUCAUGCACUGAGCUCUCAUCUCUGUGUCACUGAUGGCACAUGGGCUCACCAGCCGUGGCUCCUCUUCUCACAGAACAAAACUCGCAAGCAGGGAGCAGCGUCACACCACGCUGUCUGGAAACAUCAGCACUGCAGAUUAGUCCUUUCUUUGCACCUUAAGUUGUGCCCUUUAUACCUCGCCAUCUCCAAGCGGAUCCUUCCUGUUCACGAAUUUUCCUCAAUAAAGAUCUCAUGCAUGCCA